AUGGCCCCAAAACGUUCUAGAAUGGGCAAGAAGUCCGAUUCUAGUAUGAACGUAUCCAAAACUAAAAGAAAAAAUUCCUCUAAAAAAGCGUUUAGAGGUGUAGUUGACGAUGAUGACGCCUCUCUAAAGCCACUAGACCAUUACGAAGAAUCUCUUUCUGAUGAAGAAAAUUUUGAAGCUCUGGGACUACCAAAGUCAUUCACUCCCGAAAUCUCUGAUGAUGAAGCUUAUGAAGACCAGGAUGAAGGGAGUGAAGAGGAAGAUGAGGAGGAAGAUCGCGUAGAUUGGGGGAAAAAACUAAAGAACUAUUACGUCGAUGGCUCUGAUGACGAUUCUGAUGAAGAGGCCAUAAACGACAGAAUAGAAGAAGCAAAAAAGAUAGCUAGUGAACUCUAUGAGAAUGUCGAUGAUGAGGAUGCAGAUAUUGAUAAUUAUGACGUUGAAGAUCACAAGGAAGAUCCUGUCGAAUUUGACACGCUGCUAAAAAGCUUGUCUGAAUCAUUGAAUGCUCAGCGCGAAGCCUCAGAGCUUCCAGAGGACUUUUUUGAUUUAAGUGAUAGGGAUAAGAAAGAGUUCCUAUCGAAUGAACAUCCUGAAUUUUUGGAGCUUCUAAGAGAGUUUAAAGAGAAAUCUGACAUUUCAAAUGAACAGAUUAUGAAAAUUUUAAGCGCUCCUGAUUCACUUAAACUUUGCACCAAAGAUGGUAUGGAGUAUUUGGACAUAAGAAAUGAGCUACUUCUUAUGUAUGUAUCAUAUUUAACAUACUACUUGUUGUUAAAGACCCAUGGAAUAUCAAUUGAGAACCAUCCUGUAAUCAAUAGAUUGUUGGAGUUGAGGAUUAUGCUAGACAAGGCUAAACCUAUAGAAUCCAGGUUACAAUAUCAGAUCACCAAAUUACUGGAAGACAAAGAUUAUGAAGUUGAUACAACACAACUACGUUCGAGAUUGGACCUCAUGGAAGAUGAAGAGGAUCAAUCCGCCGUAUACAAACCACCAAAGAAUGCAGUAAUGGGAGAAGUUUCUGGUAAUAUGUUUAUGGAACGAACGGGCAAGCCAUCAAAGGACGAAAUGCGUGAAAGAAAGCGUCAAUCAUAUUUGGAGGGUGAAGAAAACGGUGAGAGCGAUGUUCUAGCUACAAAGGCAGCAAAAUUCAUGAAGAAGAUGGCGGAAAGAGAGAGAUACGAAAUGGAAUCAAUGAGACGUUUGCCAAUGAACAAAAAGGCUAAAAGAGAAAUGAGAAUGUUUGCGAGGGAGCAGAAAAAUUUGUUAUCUGGUUGUUCACUGCAGCACUUGAGUUCGUUUGCUUCUGAUGCCAUGAAGACAUCCGGAAAAACACUUUCAGCGUCAGCUGGGCUAAAUGCUGCUGCGCAACGUAUGAGACAGAACAUUCUAAUCUCAGAGGGGAAAAAUAUUGCACAUGCUUCAUCUAUCUCAACUCAUGGAAAGGAUAAAUCGCAUAAUAAGGACGAGGCUUAUAACCCUGCUCCGAAAUUAACAUUUGAUGACGAAAUAACACGCAUUCAAGGUCUUCACGCCAAAGAAAAAUCAAGGAAAAAUACCAAAAUCCUCAAGCUUAGAUCGGAUGAGAUUGUUCCAGGGAAAAGGGACAUUGGUAAGGAUAUAAUGAAGAACAAGGGUUUAACUGUCAAGCGUGAUAAAACCAAGGGAAAUGCAAGAGUUAGCAAUCGCAAAAAGUUUGAAAAGAAACAAAAAGUAUUCAAUGCAGUCAAUGCUUCUAGGCGUUCAGAAGGUAGUAGCUAUUCUGGUGAAGAUACGGGAAUUAACGCCAGGAAAAAGAAGUCUUUAACUAUGUGA